CUUCUUUCCUUCAUCAUGCCUCGCCGUCUCUCUCAACUCAGAUUGUUGAAAUUCCUAUCUAAUUUUGCUGCUUGAUUAGGGCCUCCGUUUCGAUCCCUUUCAAUCGAUUUCCCAUCUUUUUCACCAGAUCAAUUGACGUUGAAUUGAAGAUGGAUGAUUGGGAUGAUGAAAAUUUUAAACCGGCGCCUCCCAAAGAACAGCCAAGAAGUAUGUGGGAUGAUGAAGAUGCAGAAGACGAUGGUGUAAAGGAGUCUUGGGAAGAUGAAGAUGUUACUCCGGCACCUAAACCAGCACCUUCAGUAGAGAAGACUGUACUUAAACCUGAUAGCAAAGCUAUUGGGAAGAAAGCAGAGGAGUCUCAACAGAAGGUUACUGAGGCUAGUCAAGUAGCUGCUGAAGUUCUCAUAGAUCCUGUUGCAGAGAAACUCCGGCAACAAAGACUUGUAGAAGAAGCUGACUUCAAAUCUACUGCAGAACUGUUUGCCAAGAAAGGCGGUAAUAAUUCUCUGGAUAAUUUCAUUCCCAAGUUUGAGAGUGAUUUCCUGGAGUAUGCAGAACUCAUUUCUCAUAAGUUGCAUCCUUAUGAGAAAAGCUUCCAUUACAUAGGCCUUCUUAAAUCUGUCAUGAGGCUUUGUAUGACCUCCUUGAAAGCAGCAGAUGCCAAGGAAAUAGCGUCCUCCAUCACAGCGAUAGCAAAUGAAAAACUCAAGGCUGAAAAAGAAGCUAAUGCAGGCAAGAAGAAGCACGGAGCAAAGAAGAAACAACUUCAUGUUGGUAAACCUGAUGAUGAUAUGGUCGCUGAUAGAUACGAUGAUGUGGGAGAGGAUUACGACUUCAUGUGAGAUGUGGAACAUUGCUAUUUUGUUUGGCUUCAUUGGACUUUGAAGAUGCCCGGCGUUAGUUCUAUACAUGAGUGUUAGCUUAUAUUAUAGUUGCCAUGUCUGGACCUCCAUUGCAAAAUCUGAUCUCAUAGUGAACAAGAGCACGCUAAGAAUUUGAAAUAUCCGGGAGGCCAUUCUUCAAAUUUUCUGCACAAACUGUUUUAUGCUGUAACUUUCAUAUUUUUAAAAUACCCAAAUCCUACUGAUUUCAUGUUUUGAAUCUGUUUUUAUAGAAAUCAUGAGUGGUUUGUGCUAUGAUUUCUCAAACAAAACGGAUAUACAUCAAAUCAAAUUGAGAAAAAAAAACUUCCUGUUUGCUA